AAUUAAUAAAUAUAUUUACUGUUACCUUGGCUUGAAACGUUAGCUGUUGCUAAUUAAUUGUGCGCAUGCGUUUGUUGUUGUUACUGUUUGUUGCCAAUGGUAACUUGGUCAGCCAAUCACCAUCACGAGAGAUCACAAGCAUCAUACUCUUGUUACUGAGCAACGCAAAUUAAAUUACACAGAAACAGUAGCGACUUUGAUAAACCGUUAUAAUACGUACUAAAACAGGUAAGUUACAUAAAUAUUAAGUUACAUGCGAUGAAUACUAUUUCUUUAUACAAUAUGUUAAAAUCGCUCAUCUUCUUUAGAAUGAAAUUCUGCACUAAGUUCUUAUUCUGCACUUAAAUACCGCGGUAUCCAUUUUAAACAGGUUACUAACACUGAGAUGACUGACGUCAGAGAGCAGAUACUUUCCGUUGAGCAGAAGUAUAAACUUUUCAAACAACAGCAGUUUAUAUUUAUAACGGCUCUUGAGCGCUCGAGGGAGAACGCCAGGGACAAAACUGAGCCUGUCUCCACCGUGACACAGGUCCAAAGGUACAUGAAUCACCACUGCAGCAAUUCCACAGACAGACGCAUCUUCUCACUCUUUUUGGAAAUUAUUUCUGAUCUUGAAGGUAUUUUAAAACAUCUGGAGACCUCACUGUCAAGCAAAAACACUUCUAGUGAGGGCCUGAACACUUGCAGGGAGAUCCUGAGCCUCAACAGUAACAUCAGUGAGCUAAGAGCACACUACCCACACAAUGAAAUCAACCGGCUAAGCUGUGAUGAAGCAAGAAAUUUCUAUGGCGGGAUUGUGAGUGUGAUUCCACUGGCUCUAGACCUCCUCAACACCUACAGCAGAGGAGGUGCUCAACGUGUCACUCCAACAGCUACAGAAACAUCUCAACAAACAGUUGCAAAAAAUGCAGAGAUGGUUGAAGGCCUUGAUAAAGAUACCAGUAACAAACUGAGUAGAUAUAAAGAAGGUGCAGGUGGCUGGCAUGCUGGAAAACCAGCCUGGAAGCCACCGGGAAAUACAAGGAGAUAAAACACUUCUUUCAACACUUAUGCAUGUAUUGCAGUGAGCGGUCACACAAAGUAUUAUUAAAAAUACAA